AUGAAGCCCAGGCUGAGAGGGGGAAACCAUCUUUUAGCGUGCGAACUAUCCGGGAUACAACAGGCGAGACGUCCCGAGACGCCGCGGAUAGACCCUCCGAGCAAGAUGCUGAAUGGUCGAUCCCGUUCCGGAGUACAUCUGUGCAUGCCAGGUACGAGUCAGGAUGGUCCAAGGACUGUCAAAGCUGUACCUGAAUCUCGAGCCAGCGAGGAGAAGGUCGAUGUAGUCACGGCUAAGACUCAGGAGUAA